UCUUUAUCAACACUGAUAUAAGAUUUAUGAAAUAAUUUGUACUACCCUUUGUACUACAUCCAACUGAUUCUAGCUUUUCAUCUCAUCUCUCCCACUCUACUCUUAGUUUCUCCCACACACCACCACCAUAAAUCCAAGAAAAACCAUGUUUCAAAUCUGUUGUCGGAAGUGGGCCUGAUGAUCUAGUCACCGGUCACAAGUCACAACACAAUACCUGCUAGUCGUUUGGGGAUGCUGGUGUAUGAGGAUGUCACCGGUGAAGUGGGGUGGGCAACCGGGAUGCGAAUGCCACCGGAGGCCAUGCAUGCAGAUAACUGAGAUUACAUUCUCCAUAAUACAAGGGAUACUUACGAUUGGAGAUGAGGAAUAUGGAAAGUUUUACAACCCAUAUGCUACUUCAAUUGUACAAUUUCUAAAGAUGGCAACAUGUGCUACGAGUGGCCUAGACUACUUUCAUAAUAAGAGAAUGGAAGGCAUAGUUGUCGAUUGGUACCAUCGGCAACCGCAAGUACUUGCGGAUGUACGAAGACAAUAUACCGAAAUGGAUUCAACGAAGAUACCUCCUUCGUUCUUAAAAUUUAUUGGAGAAGAUAUUGUGUUUUUGACCAUACCAUCUGACUUUGCAACUAAUCUGUGGGGAGAUAAAGUGCCCUAUGGUAAAACAGUACAAAUAAGAGAUGGUGGCAGUUUGAGCUUUGUAAGGAUCAGAAACAGAAAUGGACAACCUAUAUUUACUGACGGAUGGAUUAAUUUGGUUAGAAAAAAUGCUUUGAAAUUAAAAGAUGGAGUAUUAAUAACAGCCACCGGGCCAUACACAUUCAAUGUUUCAUGGUUCAAAGAAUAUGUCUGUCAAAACUCUUAUUUUACAGCACAACAAAAAACUGUACCAGAAAUGUCUCUUAUGCCUCAUACAUUUUGGAAGAACUUUUAUGGUAAAAACUACAAGGGUGAAAUGGCAAGGGUAUAUAUUGGAGAAAGAUUUUGGAAUGUCAAGUUGGAAGCAUGUUCGCAUUGUUGUUGUUUCAAAGAUGGAUGGCGUAAACUGGUUGAGGAGGUGCCUUUGGAGAACGAAUGUGCCUUUGGAUGCAUGUUCACAUUAGUGUUUUUCAUGUAGCCAUGUUGCUUUGUUUAUGCUAUAUAUAGCCAUUUGCAUAGUAACCAUUUUUCUAUUCGAAACAAUAGCUUUCUUCCAUGUUUGAGAAUUGAAGCAGUAACAUAUUCCUGAGUUUGAGUGCUUUGUAUCUGGCUAUUUACAGCCUUUGCAUACUGGAAUACUUUAUUAUACCUCAUACUUAUCUA